GAGGUUUCCCUUGGCUGUGUGGGUCCCUGCGAAGCCCUGCCAGGUUGUGAGGGUUGAUCUCCUUCAGCUCAGCGAGGCACUGGGGUGAGCUCUUGGGCUGUCCAACUCCCGAGGGCUGCGGUGCUGGAAAGACCAGGUCUUCAGGUCCAAAAGCUUCCGAGACACCUUGUACCAGUGGUCACCCCGGAGGCACAUUGGGAGCGGCUGGUCCCGCUUUUCCUGGUGUUUCUGCUGCAUGCGUGGGUCGUUCCCGUUGAGCCCAGCCUUGACCUUUACCCAGGAGCACGUGCAUGGCGGCUCUUGCAGAGCUUGCAGGAAUUGGGGUUGGAAAUCAGGAAGUGAUCCAUGACACUGGGUCUCGUGCCCGCAGAAAGGCGAGUCCUGCCGUGAGGCUGCAGCUCCCCAGCCCUGCAGCCGGGGCUCAGUCCCCCAUCCAACGGCAGUGGUGUCCUUGCCCUGGAUUCGGGGGACGAGAGGAGCAGUGCCGUGCCUGACCCCCACACUGCCAUGGUCCCAGUCUGCCCGUUGGCUGCCCUCCCUGCCUGAUGGAGCCGGCACUGGCAGAGGACCCUCCUCAAGGCGGCCGGCAGCGCCCGGUGCAGGAGCGCUAGGGGAACGUGGACGGUGGUGUGUGCCACCCUAGGAGGGACGAUGGCUCAGGGCACCGGCAGGAUCAACAGCGACUACAAGGAUUGGGAGUGGAGCGCCGACGCCGGGGAAAGGGCCAGGCUCCUGCAGAGCCCCAGUGUGGAGACGGUGCCAAAGAGCGGAGAAAGCCAAGGAAAUGGUCCAGGAGCCACAUCAGCUCUGGGAGCCGUCUUCAUUGUGGUCAACGCUGCCCUCGGGGCUGGGCUGCUCAACUUUCCUGCUGCCUUCAGCAUGGCUGGCGGCGUGGCCGCGGGCAUCGCACUGCAGAUGUGCAUGCUGAUCUUCAUCAUUGGAGGCUUGGUCAUCCUGGCGUACUGCUCGCAGGCCAGCAACGAGCGGACCUACCAGGAGGUUGUGUGGGCUGUCUGCGGGAAGGUGCCUGGUGUGCUGUGCGAGGUGGCCAUUGCUGUCUACACCUUUGGUACCUGCAUCGCUUUCCUCAUCAUCAUCGGAGACCAGGAGGACAAGAUCAUUGCUGCUCUGGUGACGGAGCCUGAGGAAGCUGGGAGCAGCCGCUGGUACACGGACCGCAAGUUCACCAUCAGCAUCACUGCCUUCCUCCUCAUCCUGCCCCUCUCCAUCCCCAAGGAGAUUGGCUUCCAAAAAUAUGCCAGCUCCAUAAGUGUGAUUGGCACGUGGUACGUCACAGCGGUCAUUAUCAUCAAGUACAUCUGGCCUGACAAGGAGCUCGUGCCUGCAGAGAUCCCCACCAGCCCCUCCACCUGGACAGCUGUCUUCAAUGCCAUGCCCACCAUCUGCUUUGGGUUCCAGUGCCACGUGAGCAGCGUGCCCGUCUUUAACAGCAUGAAGCAGCCAGAGGUGAAGACCUGGGGGGUGGUGGUGACAGCGGCCAUGGUGAUCGCUCUCUUCGUCUACACAGGCACUGGCGUCUGCGGCUUCCUGACUUUUGGAGCUGGUGUGGAGCAGGACAUCUUGCUGUCCUAUCCCUCCAAUGACAUCCCCGUUGCCCUUGCCCGGGCCUUCAUCAUCCUCUGCGUGCUGACAUCCUACCCCAUUCUGCACUUCUGUGGCCGGGCUGUCUUGGAGGGUCUGUGGCUCCGCUACACCGGGGUGACGGUGGAGGAGGAUGUGGUUCGGGAGCGGAGGAGGCGCCUGCUUCAGACCAUCAGCUGGUUCCUCCUGACCCUCCUCCUGGCUCUCUUCAUCCCUGACAUCGGCAAAGUCAUCUCUGUCAUUGGGGGCUUGGCCGCCUGCUUUAUCUUCGUCUUCCCAGGGCUCUGCCUAAUUCAAGCCAAGCUCUCCGAGAUCCAAGAAACCAGGGCGAUCAGCUGGUGGGCCCAGGUCAGCUACGGGGUGUUCAUGGUCACCCUGGGAGCCUUCAUCUUUGGACAGACAACUGCCAAUGCCAUCUUCGUGGAUCUCACAGCCUGACUCCUCCUCCAGGCUGGACUGCGCUGCUGCUGUGGGGAUGCAGGUUUCCCCUAGGACCAAAGGGAAGCAAGGAGAAAACACCUUGGCGUGUUAGGAAGAUCCAAGUGGAGUGUUGUAAUCCGGGGCUUGGCUGAAAGAGCCCUGUGGUGGUUUGUAUCUUAUUGUCUUAACGUACCAGGCAGUCAGGCUCAUCCUGUCAGCCCUGACUCCCUGGUGAAGCCAGAGUAUCACUGCAAGGGGACCUGUAGUCCAGGUCAAGCCCUUUCUGCCCCUCCGGGGUGGACAUCACUACCUUAGACAUCACUAAGGGGUUGGGGCUGGGGUUUGCAAAGGCAUGCUACUCUCACCCCUGCACCCCCGUGCUGAUGGAGCUCCUCUCUGCAGCUUAAACUCCUCCUUCUCCCAGUGUUGGAGGGAGGCAGCAUGUCUUGCAUAAAGAGAACUAGUAAUCGCGUUUAGCAGACAGGGUGACAUCCCCGUAGUCUUCUUCGGUGUCAGUAUUUGGUUUGGUUUGAACUCGGCUUUCCCGUGGAUCAUUUCGCCAGUGUCCCACCCUUACUCCUACAUCUCCCUCCUCCUGGGCUGCGCUUUCUAUUACAAAGUGGGACUGUCGCCUUCAGCCUGAUUUCUUUUUUCUUUGUCUGUUUUUUGGUUUUGGUUGUUUUUUUUGAGGAUCAGGAUGAUCCCAGGGUAGGGACAGACCAGUGCAAUGUUUCCCCUGCCAGGGGUUGCUCACUCACUAGAGAAGGUGCUAUGGCUGCAUUGACCUACUGGAGACACUACACUGGAUAAAAGCUCUUCUCCAAAUUUCCAAUCCUGUUCUUCCAGGAGGCAUCCAGGGCAUGGGAGCUGGGCCAGGUGCAGGGUUUAAGGGAUGCUUUGGGGAUAAAGCAGUCAGUAUGAAUCCGCUUUAUAUUGUUCCCUUGGUCAUUUACACUCUCUGUGGCUGGUGUUGCUCUGGGCUGUCCCUCUGUUGCCUGUUUGGACAAUAGUUUCACUUCUGCUUUCGCUGGGUUGAGCAGUUCCCCCAGCUGCAGAAUCAGUUAGGGGAGUUAAACCUCAACAGCAAACUGCUUUUGUUCAGUCUUUGAGUUUCCUUGAUCCUUGUUUGGCUUCUAAAACCCUGGGGAAGGGAGGAAUUCACGUGUAUCUAUUGCUGCUUCUGUGAUGAGGGUCCAGCCCGGUUUUGUGCAGCACCUGGCUUUGCUCCUUCUGCAUCUUCUGGAAGCAGCCCGGGCUGUUGCAGUGGGAAGUGGAACCAUGGCAUGCUUCUGUGUUUCUCACUGUGGCUCUCUCCCUCUGCGACCAGUGGUGGUGGGUAGGAGGACAGCACGUGGGCGCUUCCCCAUGUGGAAAGGUUUGGUCUUUCCCUCCCAACGCUUGCUGUGUGUAAAUGUGGACCUCCCCGCCUGAUGAGAUGGGGACACCCAGAUGGAGGAGGAGGAAGCCCCAAGCACAGCGUGAAUGUUUGAGGGACCCUGUUGAAGGCACGUAUCCCUCCUGCCUCCCUCAAGGUACCUCCAACCUCCGCACCCUCAACCUUUGACAAAACCAGGCCCCAGUAGACCCCCAAUUUAUAUGGCACUGGCUGCCUGCUGAGCCCCUUCGCCCAGCUCCUGCCCGAGAGCUGACGCUGGGGCUUGGAGGACCCCUUGGCAUAAAGAGGGUGCCCACCCUGACAACACCCAACCCUGUAGACCGCUCCUCCUGGACGUGGAGAGCACAGAGCCACUUCCCGUGGAGCCCAGCAGGGACUGGGAUGCUCAAGGCUCAGCAGAUGCCAACUCCAAGAUGCCUUCCAGCGCCCUUCUCCCAAGAUGGAGAGGGGCUUGGUACCUGGUGGCUGUUGUGGCUCUGCCUUUCCCGAAGGUGAGGUCCCCUGACCGAGGUGGAGGCAGACAUGGAAUCCCACAUCUUUGGUUGUCACCUGGUGAGCUGCUGGGCUCCCUCAGUCCCCCUGAGGGGCUUGAGAGCCGGGGGGGUAAGGGAGGCACUGUGGCUGUUUGUUUGCCUUACCGCUCCCGACUGUUUACAAACACUGACCUUUUUAAAUGUAUUUUCUACGUGCAGAAAGCAGAGGGACCUCGACUCAA